AUGGAUAACCCUGACACAAACGGUGAAUUAUCAUGGUUUGAGCUUUUCGUGGAUCCUACAGUUGUGUCAAAAGCGAUUCUAGACCCGGAGAAGAAGAAACAACUUCCCAAACUAUGUAUGCAGUUCACAGACAAAGGACUCCUGGCCGAACGAGAAAAAGAGCGGGGAAAGCUGGCCGUGGAAGAGCUAAUGCUUUUCGAGAGAAAAUCGGCCAGCAUGAAACUCUGUGCAAUGGCCACUUUUGCCGCGUUGGAUUUCGAUAUAGAAUUUGUGAUUGACAAUAUCCAUCGAAAUGAACUGCUCACACUGCGAGUCCUGGCCGACAAUUUCUACCGUAUCUACAAUGAAAAAAAUCUGGAUGCCACUUUUGGCAACUGGCUCUUCUAUCGAUUUGUGUUAUCGAUUGAUCGCCGGAACCGUCUGGAUCCACCGGCGCCGAGAGCCACAAUUGCCACAACGCUGAGCAAUGGACAAAUUAUGCCCCUCGAUCCGGCGUCUGUGAAACAUGAAAAGACACAAAGAACGAUUCUAGAGCUAAAAGAUCAUAUUAUGAAAGCCAAGGCAUUCAUAACGGAGCUGUCUGAAGUGCCACGUGACAUUGUGGCUCCGGGAAUACAGUGCUUUUUGAAGCCGUUUGUCGAGUUGGCACCGAAAGCAAUGACAGCAGCAUUCCUUGGCGAUCGCAAUGUGCUCAUCGAGAAUCCCUCCGCGGAUUUUGAAGCCGAAAAAGUGAUUCUUCCGGCUGCCGACGUGGCAAACAAGUGUCUCAGCGAAUUAGUAGUCGUUCAUUAUACAAAUGGAGAGCUUCUAGAGGCAAAAAAGAUUCUAUCAAGGGUCACAAAACCAAAAACCGCACAUCCAAUGGUGGCAAUCGAUGAGGACGUCUUCAGAGCUUACUGUGCGAUUCUAAAUGUUAAAGGGACGGAUUACUCAACUUCUGGAGCCAUAAAACCAUAUAUUUUUGAUCUAAACGCUUUGAAUGAUGAGGAAAAUCGAAAAAGUGAGGUCUGGAGACAACGUGGCGUUCAGGAGACGUCUGGACAGCUUCAAAGUGUUUAUAAGGCUGAAAAUGCGGCGUGUUCGGUGGCUGAAAAUCAUCCGGAAUGUAUUAGGGAUGCUAUUAAGACAACUGCAGAGGUGGAGAGAUUCUCGAAGGUGCUGAAAAAGAAAUUGGAGGGAAUUCGAGACAAACGACGCCUGCAACGAAUCCGAGCUCAACUUCAAUUCCUCUGUGCGACGAUUCCGGAUCUAAGGGAUAUAUUAGCGGCCAAUGAGGUGGAUGUAAAGGGAUUGAGACAAUUUGUGACGCCGUCACAACAUCAGAAUCUGGAGAGACCACCCAGCACGGAGCAGAUUAGUAACAGUCUCCGUGGCAAUGAUCCAUUCUGGGCUCUGAUGACCGAAUUCGAUGUGCACAUCCUGAAAAUGGCACUAGUGGAACUUGGUCCAUUCUGGUUCCCUCUAAAAAUGCCAGUUUCCGAAUUUCUACUGGAUACACUUGAGAAACGAGCCAACACUCCGAUAUACACGAUUACAAGACUCUUCUUAUCAAAAUUAUAUCAAUUAUCACGAAUGCAUAAUUUUCGGGGAUAUCUGGAGACUUUGAGUAGCUACAACCCCGAUUUGGGGCAAGAUAUGGGUGUAGAUUUGGCAUUUGAAUCGGUUUACGUGAAAUCGUUGAUUUCCAACGCGCAUAUGCCAUGGAAAAUUGCACAUUGGGAUGUGACAAACGCGGAUUCGGCGUUGAUUUUCGAUCAAAAGCUUAUUCGAGUCAAUGAGAAUAGUGCAAAAAUGUACAAUCAGUGUAUUUCGUUGAUGCUCAAUCUUGGAGACCAUCAAAUCGUCUUUGAUAAGGGAGGACAAAUUCCGAUAGACAUCUUCAAAUGUAUUCCAAUCGCCCGAAUGUUUGGUGCUUUCAUCCCGGCGACCGACGAAUCAGUCGCCAAAAAGUGUGCCGAUGGAUUUUUGAGAUCUCUGACACCGGUCAUCGUCGGAGCACAACCGCCACGUGGCGGCAUGCGGAGAGAGCACGACGCAGAGAAAAAGAUGUUGGCAUUCAGAAGUCAGCUAGUACUACAGUAUCAUAUGAUGUCGUUGGUGAAGCAGAAGAAUCUUCUGGACUUCAUUCUGGCGUAUUUUGUGUUUCUACAUAAUCGAAAUAUGCUGGCAAAGAAGCAAUCGCACUUGAAAAUUCAUGCGAAACUGGUUCAUUUGUAUUCCAAUGAAACGAUCACAAACACGGACAUUCCGAAUCUCGACGACGUUCAUCAAUUCCUCCGAAUGAUAAUUGAAAAAGCGUAUUCCAUCUCGAAAACCGACGAAGACACUCUAAGAACCUACGCGGAUUUUCUGUACAUCGAAAAAGAUUAUCAAGGAGCCGCGCAGAAAUAUAUGGAAUACUUUGCAGUUCAAGAUCCACUUUUUAGAAUUAAUUUCAUUCCUCCAGACCGCCCGGAUGACCUAAAAAAGAUGGAAAAAGCGCCAGAAAAACUAUACGAUGAGCAGAUAUUUCAUCGCCUUCGCAUUUGUACCGCCCAUUCUGGUUUCCUGACAAUGUCCCUGCUGACGUGUCAAUGGUUGCGAACUGGAAAAUCGAAAAGUUUUACAAAAUCCAUGAGAUUGCUGGCGAACAACGAGACGCGAGACGUUGGAGCCAACUGUGCGGAAUUUAUCAUUGAUAUUCAGGCGGUCGAGUUGUUGAGUGAAAACUACCAGGCGAAUCGGAUGACGAAGAGUUUGAAUACAUUGUAUUCCGGGGCGAGUUCGCUAUCAGCCAAUCAGAAUGUGGGACCAGUGCUAUCUCGAGAGGAAAUGAAGCGAAGAACGUGUCGAAUGUUGACUACACUGUCUUCGACCUAUUUUGGACUUCAUAUUUGA